UAGACAAAAAUAUCUUGACACCAUUCAACUUUUCUCCUCUUUGUUCAACUCAUUGCUCUUCACUCUUCAGGUUUUCUUCUAUACCAUUAAAAGGCUUAUACCAGUCCUGUGCUAACGCAUUUUGUGGCUAUUGCCUGUUGAAACUUCAGAAAUUUCACUUUGCUCUGUUCUUCCAGUCUUCCUUAUUGUUGAGGUCCUGUUUUCUUGAGGAAAUUGGGACACUUUAAUGGUGAAUUAUCAAUUCUUGGAAAUUUAUCAUACUAAUGCUUAACCAUAAAACCCGAUAGAGUCUUUAACGACACUGCAAUAGUUUUUGUUGGAAAAGCUGGAUUCUUGCUACUAUUUUAGGCCAUGUUUUCAUCUUCAAUUUGCUUUCCAACAACAAUAUUUCAAAUUCAUCCAUCUUACCUCAAACCCCACAAAUGUAAAAGCUAUAGUGACAACAAAAAACUCCCUUGUUUUUCUUUUAAAGACCAAUCUUUCUCAGCUCAAUUUGAUGUUUCAGCAAAUAAAGAAACCCCACAGGGCUAUUACUGUAAAGACACCCAAAUAGUUAGUGAAUUGGAAGAUAAAAAAAAUUCUUGUUAUGAUUUUUCAGUGAACUGUUUUGUAGCUGACUCAAGUUUACUUGGACGUUUGCUUCAAUCUAGUUCUAGUAUAAAAGAAGUUAAAAUACUGUAUGCCAUUGUAUUGAAGUGUUUGAGAAGUAGUACUGUAUUCAUUGAAAAUAAUUUGAUUAGUGUGUUGGUGAAAUUUGGGUGUUUGGAUGGUGCUCGUAAGGUGUUCGACUUAAUGCCUGAGAAGAAUGUUGUUUCUUGGACUGCUAUGCUUAAUGGGUAUUUGAGAUAUGGGUUAGAUGAUGAAGCUACGGAUUUGUUUUCGCAGUUUGUACGACGUGGUUUGCUGUGGAAUUCCAAGACUUAUGUGUGUGUGUUAAGCAUGGCUGGUAGAAAUUGUGAUUUUGAGCUUGGGAAGCAAGUACAUGCUGGUAUUAUAAAGGGUGGAUUUAGUAAUUUGAUUUUAGAUAGUUCUAUUGUGUCAUUUUACGCGCAAUGUGGUGAUUUGGAAAGUGCUUUUCGCGUAUUUGACGUGAUAAAAAGGCCUGAUGUAGUUUGUUGGACAACGAUGAUCACUGCUUGUUCACAACAUGGGAGAGGAAAGGAAGCUUUACGCGUGUUCUUACAAUUGUUCUCUGAUGGAUUUGAUGCUAAUGAAUUUACUGUAUGCAGUAUUUUGAAUGCGUGUGGGGAGGAGAGGGAAUUAAAAUUCGGGAAGCAACUACAUGCGGCGAUUAUUAAGAAUAGAUUUAGAAUGGAUGUCUUCAUAGGCACCGCAUUAGUAGAUAUGUACGCGAAAUGUAGUGAGAUAGAUGAUGCUAGGACAGUGUUUGAUGGGAUGGGGAAAAGGAAUACGGUGACAUGGACGUCUAUUAUUGCAGGUUAUGCUCGUAAUGGUCAUGCAGAAGAGGCCAUAAGACUGUUCCGGAUAAUGAGAAGGCGGAAAAUCUUUGCUAAUAACUUGACUAUGGUAAGCAUCCUUCGAGCAUGUGGCCUACUUAGGGCUUUACCAACUGGAAAGGAAGUGCAUGCACAAAUUAUCAAGAAUUCUCUCCAAGAUAAUAUUUAUUUAGGAAGCACUUUAGUGUGGCUUUAUUGCAAAUGCAGUGAAAAUUCGGCAGCACAUAAGGUCCUUCAGGACAUGCCUGUUAGGGAUGUAGUUUCAUGGACUGCAAUGAUUUCGGGUUGUGCCCAUUUAGGCCAUGAGUACGAGGCUCUUGAAUACUUGAAGGAGAUGGUAGGUGAAGGCGUGUCACCGAAUCCAUUUACUUAUUCAUCGGCCCUGAAAGCAUGUGCAAAUCUGGAAGAUAUUCAGAGGGGGAAGCUGAUCCAUUCGUCCAUAAGCAAGACACCUUCUCUGUCCAAUGUGUUUGUCGGUAGCGCGUUAAUCAAUAUGUAUGCAAAAUGUGGACAUCUUCCUGAGGCAAUUCAAAUCUUUGAUAACAUGCCCAAGAGGAAUUUGGUUUCUUGGAAGGCGAUGAUUGUUGCUUAUGCUAAAAAUGGUUGCUGUGGAGAGGCAUUGAAACUCAUGUAUCGCAUGCAAGUGGAGGGCAUUGAGGUAGAUGAUUAUAUACUUGCGACUGUCCUCACAGCAUGUGGAGAAUUUAAGGGAAAUAUCAAGUCCGGAUCGAAGUAUUUCUUGCAUCCAAAUAGUUCUAAAGUCUAAAAAGAAAUGAGGUUCCUCUGAGAAGUUUCAGCAAAACCGUCAAAUGAAUUCCGAUGGUUUGUUCGUGCUUCAAUGAUAGCUGAACUCCGAAUGCUGCUUCAUAUGUUGGAGUCUGGUUGAUAGCUAUUUGUCAUCGGCUAACUUCUGGACCAUCCACGGACAAGUCUAGUAGUCCCUGGCUAGCAUGUCGUGCUGAAAAAAGAAUGAGGUGAAGUUUACCGGAAACUGCUGGGACUGUGCUUUUGGAGGUCCGUAAUAUCCAAUGUUUCAUCGUCGAACCUCAGUUAUAGUCUGUACAAUAGUCGUAGUUAGGUUCCUGCAACCGUGUAUUGUCAUAUUAAGAUCUUGUAUGCCAUUAUGCGAUUAAAAUGUUCAUAUGACUUAAAACUUUUGCCUAGUGAAGUGAUGGUGAAAAGAAACAACAACAAUUACAACGCGUUCCAAAUAUUUGAAUGUUAAAAACAUACUCCUCUGAUUGUAAAAUUUAUUCGUUGGAUUGCCUUCAAAUGUUUA